GACCGUCGAGCGAUCGAGAACCGGAUUCAGCGUAAGUCGGUGAAUCGCGAGAGCGUGCGUUUGAUUGUGUGUGCGUGUGAGCGUUGUUUUGGGACACGGAUACGGAUAUACGGCAGCGGUUCGCGAUUAAAACCCCCCCGCGCGCCCGCCAACCGGUUGCAGUGGUUGUUGUGCACCUUCUGAAUAAAAAGUGAAUAAUAGUAUGCAAACUAUCUAAAAGAUAGCGAAGAGCAGAGCAAUAGGUAUUUGUGUUUGUGUGUGCGGUGCUUUUGUGCGGAGUCGCCACCCCUGUGGAUUAGUGGCACCCUGCUGCAAAUUGCCCACCACUCUCACUGUGUGUGUUUGUGUGUGUUAACAACAAUUAACGACGUAUUAAACUAUCAAUUUGGCCAUCAAAACAAGCUUAAACGAUAAUUCGCGUGUGCCAACCGAAGCGAAGGGUGCUUUCCAGUGAAUUUUUGCGUAAAAUCGAUAAACAGAUAGACCCCCUACUGCCAACUCCACACAACCCGCUCGGCGGAAACAAGGCAUCCAGAAUGAAUAUGCCCAACGAACGCCUCAAAUGGCUAAUGCUGUACGCAGCUGUUGCCCUCAUUGCUUGUGGUAGUCAGACCCUUGCUGCCAAUCCCCCAGAUGCCGACCAGAAAGGACCAGUAUUUCUUAAGGAACCCACCAACCGCAUUGACUUCUCCAACUCCACCGGCGCAGAGAUCGAGUGCAAGGCCAGUGGCAACCCGAUGCCCGAGAUUAUCUGGAUCCGCAGCGACGGCACCGCCGUGGGAGAUGUUCCCGGACUACGUCAGAUCUCAUCCGACGGCAAGCUGGUCUUCCCGCCGUUCCGCGCCGAGGAUUACCGCCAGGAGGUCCACGCCCAGGUGUACGCCUGUCUGGCCCGCAACCAAUUCGGAUCCAUCAUCUCCCGGGACGUGCACGUGCGAGCCGUUGUCCACCAGUUCUACCAGACACGUGUCAUCGAUGAGUUUGUGCUCCGUGGCAACUCUGCCACUUUAAAGUGCCUGGUGCCUUCGUUCGUGGCAGAUUUCAUCGAUGUAGAGGGCUGGAUUGACGAGGAGGGCGUUGAGAUACUCAGGCCCCUUCCAGACGACUCCAUGGAUGGAAAAUAUCUGGUGCUGCCCUCUGGAGAAUUGCACAUCCGUGAAGUUGGACCCGAGGAUGGAUACAAAAGCUACCAGUGCCGAACCAAACAUCGUCUGACAGGAGAAACACGAUUAAGUGCCACGAAAGGACGUUUGGUUAUCACAGAGCCUGUCGGCAGUGUCAGUCCCCAGCUAAAUGGCAAUGGCAAUCAGGAGCACAUAACUCUCACUCGGGUUCCUACGAUGGGAAGUGUAACUCUGAUGUGCCCGGCUCAAGCCUACCCAGUGCCCUUUUUUAGAUGGUACAAGUUCAUCGAAGGAACAACCCGCAAGCAGGCUGUCGUAUUGAGUGAUCGUGUGAAGCAGGUUUCCGGCACUCUAAUCAUCAAGGACGCGGUUGUCGAGGACUCUGGCAAAUACCUGUGCGUGGUUAACAACUCUGUGGGAGGUGAAAGCGUUGAGACCGUGCUGACUGUAACUGCUCCGCUUUCCGCCAAGAUCGAUCCCCCCACCCAGACCGUUGACUUCGGACGUCCCGCCGUUUUCACUUGCCAGUACACCGGAAAUCCCAUCAAGACCGUGAGUUGGAUGAAGGACGGCAAGGCCAUCGGACACAGCGAACCUGUUCUGCGCAUCGAAUCCGUGAAGAAGGAGGAUAAGGGCAUGUACCAGUGCUUCGUGAGGAACGACCAGGAGUCGGCGGAGGCCAGUGCCGAGCUGAAGCUCGGAGGACGCUUCGACCCACCCGUCAUCCGACAGGCCUUCCAGGAAGAGACCAUGGAACCCGGCCCAAGUGUGUUCCUCAAGUGCGUCGCCGGUGGCAACCCCACUCCCGAAAUCUCCUGGGAGCUCGACGGAAAGAAGAUCGCCAACAACGAUCGCUACCAAGUGGGACAGUAUGUGACGGUCAACGGGGAUGUGGUUUCCUACCUGAACAUUACCUCAGUUCACGCCAACGACGGAGGUCUGUACAAGUGCAUUGCCAAGAGCAAAGUGGGCAUCGCUGAGCACUCGGCCAAGUUGAAUGUUUACGGACUACCCUACAUCCGUCAGAUGGAGAAGAAGGCGAUCGUGGCCGGCGAGACCCUCAUUGUCACCUGCCCCGUAGCUGGUUACCCCAUCGACUCGAUUGUUUGGGAGCGAGACAACCGUGCCUUGCCCAUCAACCGCAAACAGAAGGUCUUCCCCAACGGAACUCUGAUCAUUGAGAAUGUGGAACGAAACUCAGACCAGGCGACCUACACCUGCGUGGCCAAGAACCAGGAAGGAUACUCCGCCCGCGGAUCACUGGAAGUGCAAGUCAUGGUUCCACCGCAGGUUGUACCCUUCGACUUCGGAGAGGAGACCAUCAACAUGAAUGACAUGGUCUCUGCCACAUGCACAGUGAACAAGGGUGACACUCCACUGGAGCUGUACUGGACCACAGCUCCGGAUCCCACGACGGGCGUGGGUCGUCUGAUGUCCAACGACGGCAUCCUGAUCACCAAGACGACGCAGCGCAUCAGCAUGCUGAGCAUCGAGUCCGUGCACGCCCGUCAUCGGGCCAACUACACAUGUGUCGCUAGGAAUGCUGCCGGGGUCAUUUACCACACAGCGGAGUUGAGGGUUAACGUACCACCCAGAUGGAUUCUCGAGCCUACCGAUAAAGCUUUCGCCCAGGGAUCUGAUGCCAAGGUUGAGUGCAAGGCCGAUGGCUUCCCCAAGCCCCAAGUUACAUGGAAGAAGGCAGUUGGUGAUACCCCCGGGGAGUACAAGGACCUGAAGAAGAGUGACAACAUUCGCGUGGAAGAGGGCACUUUGCACGUUGACAACAUCCAAAAGACAAAUGAAGGUUACUACCUCUGCGAGGCAAUCAAUGGAAUAGGCUCCGGACUCUCUGCAGUGAUCAUGAUCAGCGUUCAGGCUCCUCCAGAAUUCACUGAAAAGCUGCGCAACCAGACCGCCCGACGAGGUGAGCCCGCUGUUUUGCAGUGCGAGGCGAAGGGCGAGAAGCCCAUUGGCAUCUUGUGGAACAUGAACAACAUGCGACUGGACCCCAAGAACGACAACCGCUACACCAUCCGCGAGGAGAUCCUGUCCACCGGAGUCAUGUCGAGUUUGUCGAUCAAGCGCACCGAGAGAUCCGACUCAGCCCUCUUCACCUGCGUGGCCACCAAUGCCUUCGGAUCAGACGACGCCAGCAUCAACAUGAUUGUCCAGGAAGUUCCCGAGAUGCCCUACGCCCUGAAAGUGCUCGACAAGUCCGGACGGUCCGUGCAGCUGAGCUGGGCCCAACCCUACGACGGCAACUCCCCUCUGGACAGGUACAUCAUUGAGUUCAAGCGAUCCCGCGCAUCCUGGAGCGAAAUCGAUCGCGUCAUCGUUCCCGGACACACCACCGAAGCCCAAGUGCAGAAGCUCAGCCCCGCCACAACCUAUAACAUUCGCAUCGUGGCCGAGAACGCGAUUGGAACGUCGCAGUCCUCCGAAGCGGUGACCAUCAUCACAGCCGAAGAAGCGCCCUCCGGCAAACCCCAAAAUAUCAAAGUGGAACCCGUGAACCAGACCACCAUGCGCGUCACCUGGAAGCCACCACCACGCACCGAGUGGAACGGAGAGAUCCUUGGCUACUACGUCGGCUACAAGCUCUCCAACACUAACUCGUCGUACGUCUUUGAAACGAUCAACUUCAUCACCGAGGAGGGCAAGGAACAUAACCUGGAACUGCAGAACCUGCGCGUAUACACCCAGUACUCAGUGGUCAUUCAGGCCUUCAACAAGAUCGGAGCCGGUCCCUUGAGCGAGGAGGAGAAGCAGUUCACCGCCGAGGGAACCCCCAGCCAACCGCCCAGCGAUACCGCCUGCACCACCCUGACCUCGCAGACCAUCCGUGUCGGGUGGGUGAGCCCUCCCCUGGAAUCCGCGAACGGAGUGAUCAAGACCUACAAGGUUGUCUAUGCCCCCAGCGACGAGUGGUAUGAUGAGACUAAGCGACACUACAAGAAGACUGCCUCCUCCGACACCGUUCUCCAUGGACUGAAGAAGUACACCAACUACACAAUGCAGGUUUUGGCCACAACAGCCGGAGGCGAUGGCGUCCGCAGCGUUCCUAUUCACUGCCAAACCGAACCUGAUGUUCCCGAGGCACCCACCGAUGUCAAGGCCCUGGUAAUGGGUAAUGCUGCCAUCCUGGUUUCCUGGCGGCCACCAGCACAGCCCAACGGCAUCAUCACCCAGUACACCGUGUACUCAAAGGCCGAAGGUGCUGAGACUGAGACAAAGACCCAGAAGGUUCCCCACUACCAGAUGAGCUUCGAGGCCACCGAGCUGGAGAAGAACAAGCCGUACGAGUUCUGGGUGACAGCCAGCACAACCAUUGGCGAGGGCCAGCAGUCCAAGAGCAUUGUGGCCAUGCCCAGCGACCAGGUUCCAGCCAAGAUCGCCUCCUUCGACGACACCUUCACUGCCACCUUCAAGGAGGACGCCAAGAUGCCCUGCCUGGCCGUCGGAGCCCCCCAACCGGAGAUCACCUGGAAGAUCAAGGGCGUCGAGUUCAGUGCCAAUGACCGAAUGCGUGUCCUGCCCGACGGAUCCCUGCUCAUCAAAUCGGUGAACCGCCAGGAUGCCGGAGACUACUCCUGCCACGCCGAGAACUCUAUUGCAAAGGACUCGAUCACCCACAAACUGAUUGUCUUGGCUCCACCCCAAUCUCCCCACGUCACCCUCUCGGCCACGACCACAGAUGCUCUCACUGUUAAGCUAAAGCCCCAUGAAGGAGACACUGCCCCUCUGCACGGAUACACCCUGCACUACAAGCCAGAAUUCGGAGAAUGGGAAACCUCGGAAGUUUCCGUCGACUCACAGAAGCACAAUAUUGAGAAUUUGUUGUGCGGUUCCCGCUAUCAAGUCUAUGCUACCGGAUUUAAUAAUAUUGGCGCUGGCGAGGCUUCGGACAUUUUGAAUACCCGAACCAAAGGCCAGAAGCCCAAGCUGCCCGAGAAGCCACGCUUCAUUGAGGUCUCCUCCAACUCGGUUUCGCUGCACUUCAAGGCCUGGAAAGAUGGUGGAUGCCCCAUGUCGCACUUUGUGGUUGAGAGCAAGAAACGUGACCAAAUUGAAUGGAAUCAGAUCUCAAACAACGUUAAGCCCGACAACAACUACGUGGUUCUGGACCUGGAGCCCGCCACCUGGUACAAUCUCCGCAUCACUGCCCACAAUUCAGCUGGUUUCACCGUUGCCGAAUACGACUUUGCCACCCUGACCGUGACCGGAGGCACCAUUGCCCCACUGGACGAUGGAUCCGGUCACGGAAACGUGCACACCCGGAUCCGCCUGCCCGCCUGGAUGCCCGAGUGGCUCGACCUCAACUUCAUGGUGCCCCUGAUCGCCACUGUGGUGGUGGUUGCGGUGGGCAUCUGUGUGGUGUGUGUGGCACUCUCCCGGAGACGAGCGGACGACAUGCGCGGCGGCCAGAAGGAUGUGUACUACGAUGUAGUUUACAAUCAGACAAUGGGACCUGGCGCCACCUUGGACAAGCGCCGUCCGGACCUGCGGGAUGAGCUCGGCUACAUCGCACCCCCCAACCGGAAGCUGCCCCCCGUCCCGGGAUCCAACUACAACACCUGCGACAGGAUUAAGCGAGGUACAGUCAUAAGCCGCGGUGGUCUGCGUUCGAACCACUCGACCUGGGAUCCCCGACGUAAUCCCAAUCUCUACGAGGAGCUGAAGGCCCCACCAGUGCCGAUGCACGGCAACCAUUAUGGCCACGCCCACGGCAAUGCCGAGUGCCAUUACAGGCAUCCAGGCAUGGAAGACGAGAUCUGCCCCUAUGCCACGUUCCACCUGCUCGGCUUCCGCGAGGAAAUGGACCCCACCAAGGCCAUGAACUUCCAGACCUUCCCGCACCAGAACGGACACGCAGGCCCAGUUCCCGGACACGCGGGCACCAUGCUCCCGCCAGGACACCCAGGACACGUCCACUCCCGCUCCGGAUCGCAGUCGAUGCCACGUGCCAAUCGCUAUCAGCGCAAGAACAGCCAGGGUGGACAGUCCUCCAUCUACACGCCUGCUCCCGAGUACGAUGAUCCCGCCAACUGCGCUGAGGAGGAUCAAUAUCGCCGAUACACCCGCGUCAACUCGCAAGGCGGCAGCCUUUACUCCGGACCCGGACCCGAGUACGAUGAUCCCGCCAACUGCGCUCCGGAGGAGGAUCAGUACGGCUCCCAGUACGGAGGUCCCUACGGACAGCCCUACGACCACUACGGUUCUCGAGGUUCCAUGGGACGACGCAGCAUCGGCUCUGCUCGCAAUCCUGGCAACGGAUCGCCCGAGCCUCCACCACCACCACCACGUAACCAUGAUAUGAGCAACUCCUCAUUCAACGACUCCAAGGAGAGCAACGAGAUCUCAGAGGCAGAGUGCGAUCGCGACCAUGGACCACGCGGAAACUAUGGCGCAGUGAAGCGGUCCCCACAACCGAAAGAUCAGCGCACCACCGAAGAAAUGCGUAAACUGAUUGAAAGAAACGAAACCGGCCCAAAACAACUCCAACUCCAACAAACAAAUGGCGCAGGAUUCACAGCCUACGAUACUAUGGCAGUGUAAUUUGUAAGCCCCCUCCUUCGGCGAUGGGCGUGGCAUUUUAGCUUAGUGUUUUAAGUGCUGGAGGUGCGUGGAAGUUGAAUGACACACAAGAUCGUACACAGACAGAUCAUCCACACACAGGAAGAAAGGGGGAGUUAUAUACCGCAUAUACACAUACAAUUAUUCAACUACUUCAAGUAAUUAUAACGCAAAAGGAAAAGAAUGCAAAUUUCAAGAAAAAUAUUUAUAUUGUCUAUGCAAGCAGCAAACCAAACAUACAUAAAAUAUAUAAAUACGUUCAUAUAUGAAUAACUACUAUAAGUGUGUGCAGAAAAUACUAAAGGAAAUUACUAAAGGUUAUACGACAGAUAAAACACCCAAGAAAAACGAGAAAAGAAUCGCAAAAAACAUACUGAUGUAUUCGCGAACGGAUAUUUGAAUCUAAUUUCUGAUAAUGUAUUUUAGUUUUAAGCGGUGUUUACCGAAAUAUCAGAGGAACAGUAACUAAGACGAAUUCUUGUGUGUAAAGAAUGAUUGAUUUCGAAUCUGUUUGUGUAAACUUUUGCCAUCUAUGCCAGGAGCAGCAAACUCAUCCUUUGCCUAGCCUAAGUCAAAGUCAUAAUAUUAACUCGAUAUAUUUAGUCAUAACAUAAAAGAAUUGUAUACUUCUCCUAUACAUUUUGUACUUUGUAUGGACAGCGCACAUUUGGAUUUUCGUUUGCGUUUUGCGUUGACUUGUGAUGAUUGUUAAUUUGUAGAACUUUGUAAGUCAGUAAUUGUAUUCUGUGUUCGCUUUAUUCUUUAUUUAUAGACACGCAACUGUCUUAUUUAAACUUAAUUUUAAUUUCUAUUUCGAAAAUGCGCUUCCAACAGAACAAAUCGAAAGCUGUUCAAUGCACAAAUCGCAGCCACAACAUUUGAAUGUAUUAUACAAGAGCCCCAGGACUCUCAAGUCCCACACUGAUACACACUUGCACGAUUUAUUUAAACCAAUUCUGAUAUAUACCGUUUUGAACAUGAGUAAUACGCAUUUGAAGCUUUAAGAAAACGAAAUUGUUUACUUCACUUUAUUUGAUCUACUUUAAGUUUUUAGUUCGUAAGUUUUUAAAUAUAUGAUUUUGAUUUUAUUUAAAACAUCUUGCGUUUUGUUUUCGUUUUUUUUGUUUUCGUUUAAUCAAUUGGUUUUGGGUUCCGCCCAUUGCGCCCAGAAAAUCCUUGGAGAUACCACCAACACUACAAAGACUGACUAAUGCAAGCUGAAUCGAAAUCGGAUCAACCCAAGUUUUGCAGAGUGAGGCCAAUAUGCAGGAGUGACAAGAAUAUCCAGUAUUUUGCUCAACAAAUAGAAAUAGCGAAGCAUUUCCGAAGCAGCUCCUUGAGGCUUCAGCAGGGCACUGCCAUGGGAUCACAAUUAUAUUUUGAUCCUCGACCUUGGGCACAUCAUUUACUGCAUUUAACUAAUGGAAAACAAAAGCACCUUUAGAGUUUUUUGUUAGAUUUAUGAUUUUAUUCCACUCUCUUUAGUUCAAGCUAACCUAUCCAAACAAAUAAUCACUCCUAUCUAGACUAUACAGUUUUAUAUAGAUAUAUAUACGUAUAUAUAAAUGUAGUGUUGUGAGAAAACUAAGAUUGCUUACCUAUAUGAGUGUACUACAAAUUUUCAUGGCGAACGAACUACAAAUAUUAAGUAGUGUAUAGUAAAGGAAACGGCAUUUAAUCAAUAAAAGGAAAGGAAAUGGAAACACCUACAAAUUUUCAAGUAAUUAAAAUAGCAAGCAAUACUCUAGAGUCAAAAUAACGUUGGAUUUCAGAAAUUGUAACGAACAAAACAGAUUUUAAUUACCCUUAUGAUAAUUAUAAACUUUUCGGCAAAUCAAAAUCAAAACAAAAAACUUUUGGCAUUCAAAAAAAAAAGAAACGAAUAACUAAACAAGCGGUUUGAAAAUUAAAUAACUUAGGAUAAAUACAAUAUUAUCGACACAGCAUAAUCCAUUUUCAUACUAAUAUAUUAUGCAUGAAUAUUCAACUCAAGCAGAUUCCAAAGCUUUUUGAGUUGCUUCAUUGUCAAAGGAUUAUGACGAAAUUUCACUUUUGCAUUUAUUGAACGUCGCUACAUACUUGUAAUUAUUUAAGCGAUAAGCGUACAUGCAUAUACAAACAUAUACAGCUAAUUUUUUACCUAACUUUACAUAAAACGCAUUAAUCAAAAUUUAACUCCCGAAAAAACAUUAAUAAGUGGGUCAGACACCACCACACACUCGUACACAAAAGGACAUUCAACUUCAACGCACGUCAGGCUCGAAAUCGAGAGAAACUAAGCACGAUCAGCACACAUUUGAAUUCUGUAACCAAAUGGGUCAAGCAGUUUAAAACGCAUUUAUACUAAUCACUCGCUCCUUCUUAGCAGAACGAAUAUUAUACGAAAUUAAGAGAGAAUCAAUACCCAAGUGGAAACAUUCGUAAUCAUUAAGCGCGGCAUUAUAUGGUAAACCCCAAAUUGAAUACUACAAAUAUGUGUAUUACUAAUUACAAUUACGAAAGCAAGCAUAUAUUACCUAUAUUAAAUAUUGAAUGUAUUGAAUUGACAAGCAUCGGCAUGCUGGGUGGAGCCAUCUUUCCAUGUGGAACCAAUUGGUAAUCCUCACCCAAAACUCGAUCACAUUGCAUGCCCGACAAGCAAAAGAAAACAUUUGUCAGUUUCCAGUUUCAGUGUCAUACAAGUCAAACAGAAACCAAUUAAAACUAAAUAAAUGCCAAUUUAUGUUGGAUAAAACCAAA